UGGUCCGUCGCCGGGUUCGGAUGUUUAAUUACGCCGUCGCCGCCAUACCAACCGUUCAGUGAUUGCUCCCGAUCAGUAACCGAGUUUAACGAUAACAAAGUGAUAGAAUCGAGGAAAACGUUUCCAGUUUGGUUUGCGCAACGAAUUGGAUCGGUUUCCUGAGAUCGUCGGUGCCCUUUGUGAGAAUAAUUUUAUAAAAAAUAGCAGAUAACCGUCGGUGACACACGCGCACGACGUGAGGAACCCGUCGAACAUGGACUUGCUGUGUUGCGAAGCGCCGUCUUCGAGCGUGGCGCAAAAGGACCCGGCCCUAUUGGCCGACGACCGGGUGUUCGACAACAUGCUGAAAACCGAAAGUCAGUACCAGCCCAAACCCGAUUAUUUGGCGUUGGUGCAGAAAGAGAUCACGGCCAACCUCAGGAAGAUUGUGGUCGAUUGGAUGUGGGAGGUCUGCGAAGAGCAGAAAUGUCAAGAGGACGUCUUUCCGCUGGCCAUCAACUACAUGGACAGGUUUCUGUCUGUGAAUCCGAUUAAAAAAAAUCACCUACAAUUGUUGGGCACUACUUGUCUGCUUGUCAGUUCUAAACUCCGCGAGUCCGACUGCCUGUCCGUAGACCUUCUGGUCCUGUACACGGACAACACUAUUACCUCAGAAGAACUACUGAUGUGGGAACUGCUUCUGUUGAGCAUCCUGAAGUGGGACGUGUCCGCCAUCACGGCUCACGACUUCCUAUGGUAUAUACUAAAAAGACUGAAUUUGGACACGGCCAAGGCGUUCGUGGACGUUGUUGUCAAACACUGCGGGACGUUCAUCGGCAUGUGCGCCAGAGAUUACAAAUUUUGUUCGUAUCAACCGAGCAUCAUCGCCGCGGCUAGUAUCGCAGCUGCUCUUAACGGACUGGAAUUGUCAACCAUAAACAAGCUAGAUUUGUUGACUAAUUUAUACAACAUCACCGGCUUGACAAAAGAGUACCUGAAAACUUGUCAAGAGCAAAUCGAAGAGAUGGUCGAGAUGCACAAACGACAGCGGAAGGAGCUGGAGUUUGGAUUGUAUGAAAAACCAUACGACAAGACCGCCAUGGUCGAAGACUCAGACUGUUGGAUUUAAACCAUUCGCCAAGACUUAAGAAGUAAACCUCGUAAUAUAAUCCAUAUGUUUAGUUUUUAUUAUUAUUAUUUUUUUUUAUUAAGGAACAUAAGUUAUAACUCUGUAAAACACUAAAUAGGUUGAUGUGUUAUUUUACUAGUAUCAUCGAAAUUAGACGUUAAGGUUACUCGCAUAAAUGUGUAGGUCCACAUUAUAUUUUUAAGUAAAAACAGGUUUCCUUUAAAAAAAAAUCAGUCGAUUUAAAUAAGAUUAAUUUUUUGUAGGAGAGGCAAUGAAACUUUUCCUUUUGCGCUGACUUAGCUUUUCCAAUAUUCAUUUGUAAACGUAAAAAUUAUUUUACAAAUGUUUCUCUUUCCAUCGGCCAAACAGCAAACAAGAAAUUAAGAUUAUCCUCAAUAAAACCAAAUACAAUUUUUUUUUACAUAUAUUGGAUUCUGUGAAUCGUGUAUUUGAUGAUAUGAAUUUCGCUAUGUGCGUUAAUUUUUUGUAAAGAUAGGUUCAUUGUCAACUUUUUUUUUUAUAUAGGCUACCGAAUAGUUUUUUGACAAAUAAUUUACUUAUUUUAAACUAUAUUAUAUAUUUUGAACAAAGACUUGACUGAUGAAAGUAUAUCUGAAUACAGGGAGUUGUGCGAUUUCUAUAUCUGACGCUCAAGUCUUUAUUUUUUAUUUAUUUAUUUAUUUUUACAAAUUGUCAGCCAUAGCUAGGUAAUGUGUUUCAACAACUGGUAUUUUAUCUUGCAAAUUUUACAACCAUAACGCCUGUCUUUCGCGUUAUACGUGUAUUUUUUUUUUUUACCAAUUUUCGAAGUUUCAUCAAUUUUAAAAUUAAUCAUUAUUUACCGUGUGCUAUGAUGUACUAUGAUAUUAUUUAUUAUGAUUUACAUUGAAAGAGGUACAAAGAAUAUAGAAAGGAAAGAGAAUAUGUCCUAUUGACUUUUUAACAGUUUUAUAUAUUACAUUUUUAUUGUUAAUUUUUAAGAGUGUUUAUGCAAAAAGUAUAUAUGUUGUUUUUGUAUAAAUUAUGUGAGAGGCCGCUGCACUAGUUGUUUGUACAAAUAAUAUUAUCUUGCAUUUCUUUUUGUUUUUUCUGUAAAUUUCCGAAAUAUAUUCACCGAUAGAAAUCGUGUCUUCCAUUAGGUCGUCAAGUAUUGGGAUAAAGGUCCCCGUAGAGAGACAUCCUCAACUUGAUUCAUAAAUCUCAUUUCGUUAGCAUAUGAAUGACGAUGGUAUAGGCAUCACCAUCAGUCAUUACUGUUUUCGUGUAGGAACAACUUAGCAUUUGUUUUUAUUGUAUUUAUAUAUGUAAUAUACCUCAGUUUCAAACUCCUUAAUUAUUUAAUUUUUUUUUUUUGUAAUUAAGUAUUUUAUUAUUUUGUAUAGAUCCCGGUAAUAUUGUCGAAAUGGGAAUCGACGGUGACUGUACUCUGUGUUUUUGGGGAUAAUGUUUAACCGCGUUAUCAUUUUUUUAUUACAUUACAUUUAUAUAUAUGUAUUCUUACUAUCAUAACUAUUAUAUUUCUACUGUAUAUAACUGAAUCGUCUUGAGGAUAAUCUGACGAUCACACAGUGUAGACUGUAACACCCACUUAGGAAAUAAUAUAUUUAUCUAUUAGUGUGAAGGGGUUAGAUCGGAAAGAGAAAAAUGUUCAACGAAUUAGACCAACUUUCAUUGAAUAAUGAUGGCACAUAGUCAGUCCCAUUUUGUUUUCCCCUUAACUUUCCUGGUAUCAUCCUUGGUUAUCCUUUUUCUUUCGCAUAGAAGUAGCAAUAAGGCUUUUGUUAGGUAUUAGGUUUGUGUGUGUGUGUGUUUGUGUGUAUGUGUGUGUACAUACAUAAGAAUAAAUAUAGAGUAAGUGGAAAUACAUUUUUAGAAUUGUUACCAACUGAAAAUAGUCAAAAACAAGAUUAAUUAUAAAUUUUAAUAUUGUGUUUUAAUUGUAUUCAUUUAUGAAUAAUUUAUAUAUAUUAUUAUAUUUAUGUUCUUUUAAGGUAUAUUUCAUAGAAUAUUAUGUUAAGAACAGAAAGUCUUGUUCACAAAACUUUUGUUUAUUUAUUUUGAUAAGUUUAUAGAAGAUAAGCAUUUACUAAGUAAUGUUUUUAUGGAGAUGCUGUUUUUUUUUUAAUGUUUUGUAAAAAAAGUUUUUUUUAUUAAAUAUAAUAUAUCAAUAUAUAUAUAUAUAUAUUAUACAUGUAUAUAAACUAUGUAUCCAUACUAUAUCUACUGUGUUAAUGCGUGCGCUUUAUUUUCCAAGCCAUUUAAUUGUCAUAAUAUUUUUCUUUUCGUAAUUAUUAGUACAAAUCUUUAUAGACUAACUAAUUUGUAUACCGAAUAAUAUGUGUUCCAAUAAAAUGUAUAAUUAUCUGACAGGCUUUUUGUAACUAUGACGCAUGUUUUGCAGUGUGCGCUUGUCUGUUUUUUUUAUCUAUGUCGAAUGUUAAUUAACGCGUAGAUUUUCAGAAUUAGAUUUAUAAGUUGAGUCGAUCUGGUCAUGUUAAAUGUUCUUUUUUUUUUUUAUGUGCCAUAAAAUAACAUUUAAAACUCCAUGAUAAAUAUAUUAUAACGAAUAUUAUAUGUAUUAUUAAAAGCGCCAACUAUUACAUUACAAUAAAAAUACAGUUAAUUUUUAUUCAAGA